AUGGGCAAUUGUUGCCCUCGAGGCAACGCAGCCCCUACCGAACCCUUGGAUAAUCAAAAGGGUGUUACCUCCACCUCCGGCAAUAAUAACAAUGCUGCUAAUAACCAUAGCCCCCAUAAGACGGAGGCUUCCACUAAGCCGUCUGUUCCUACAUCUUCCUACAACAAGCACUCCAAGCCUAUCCAAGUCGGGCCUGUCUUAGGCCGGCCUAUGGAGGAUGUCAAGUCCACGUAUAGCUUUGGUAAGGAGCUAGGCCGAGGGCAAUUUGGGGUGACCCAUUUGAUUACCCACAGGCAAACGGGUGAGCUAUUUGCAUGUAAGACCAUUGCCAAGAGAAAGCUGGUGAAUAAGGAGGAUAUUGAUGAUGUUAGGAGAGAAGUUCAGAUCAUGCAUCACCUAACAGGUCAACCUAACAUUGUGGAGCUUAAAGGCGUGUAUGAGGACAAGCAUUCGGUGCAUUUGGUGAUGGAGCUUUGUGCCGGUGGGGAGUUGUUUGAUCGCAUCAUUGCCAAGGGUCACUUCACUGAACGUGCUGCUGCUUCGUUGCUUAGGACCAUCGUUCAAAUCGUGCAUACUUGCCAUUCUAUGGGUGUCAUUCAUCGUGAUCUGAAACCUGAGAAUUUCCUCCUCUUGAAUAAGGAUGAGAAUUCCCCUCUUAAGGCCACAGAUUUCGGUCUUUCUGUCUUUUACAAGUCAGGUGAUACAUUCAAAGACAUUGUGGGGAGCGCGUACUACAUUGCACCAGAAGUGUUGAAGCGAAAAUAUGGACCAGAAGUUGAUAUAUGGAGUGUUGGGGUCAUGUUAUACAUUUUAUUAUGUGGUGUUCCUCCCUUUUGGGCUGAAACCGAACAUGGUAUAUUCAAUGCUAUCUUAAGGGCUCAUAUCGACUUCACAACUGAUCCAUGGCCAUCAAUUUCAUCUCAAGCAAAAGAUCUUGUUAGGAGGAUGUUGAACGCCGAUCCAAAACAAAGGCUUACAGCUUAUCAAGUUCUCAAUCAUCCGUGGAUUAAGGAGGAUGGAGAAGCUCCUGAUACUCCUCUUGACAACGCGGUCCUUGAUAGGUUGAAACAGUUCAGAGCAAUGAACAAGUUCAAGAAAGUUGCUCUAAGGGUUAUUGCUGGAUGUUUAUCGGAGGAAGAAAUCAUGGGACUUAAAGAGAUGUUUAAGAGCAUGGAUGCUGACAACAGCGGGAGUAUAACUCUCGAAGAGCUAAAGCAAGGCAUGCAAAAGCAAGGGACUAAGCUAUCCGAGUAUGAGGUCAAGCAGUUGAUGGAAGCUGCGGAUGCAGAUGGAAAUGGAACUAUAGACUAUGAGGAGUUUAUCACCGCGACAAUGCACAUGAACAGAAUGGACAGAGAAGAGCACUUGUAUACCGCGUUCCAGUACUUUGACAAAGAUAACAGCGGGUACAUUACAAUGGAAGAACUCGAACAAGCUUUACAAGAGUUUGGCAUGCAUGAUGGAAGGGACAUUAAGGAAAUAGUUUCUGAAGUGGAUAGUGAUAAUGAUGGUAGAAUAAACUACGAUGAAUUCGUGGCUAUGAUGAGGAAAGGAAAUCCUGAGGCAGGAAAUCUGAAGAAGAGACGCAGUAUGGCAAUUUAAGCGCGUUGGAGGCUAUUAGUGAUUGAGCUGCUCAACAUGCAUCUUAACAUGUACAAAAACCUUCUGAGAAGUUGGUGCUUGUAUAAAUGCUUACUGUGUAUUGAAUGUUUGAGCCAAAGAAAGGAGGGGUAGAGGGGCUAAGAACAAGAAGCAGAAAAGCUCGUGGGCUGUCU